CGUAGAAUCAGUAUUUAUUUGUUUAAAAAUUUAAUUAAUUAAUUGAAUAAAAUGGAAUUGCUUAAAGAUGGUGAGAAGAAAGUUUUAUAUGAUUAUCAGUAAAGGUUGAAUUAACUGAAUGAAAAGCCAGAAAUAUCCACAAAUAAUAAUAGUUAGGUGCAUGCCAAAUAUAAAUACUCUAGUUUGUUAGACAAUAAUAACGGAAGACCCACAUAUUACCAGUAAUAAUAUUAACAGGAAUAUGAAAAUCUUUAGAAAGAAAAUAGAUCAAACUCAAUAAAGCUGACAAGUUCUAAUCCGCUUUUAGCUUCCAAUAAUUUUGACUAGUUUCUUUCAAAUAGCUCAAAGAAAAGACCUCUAAAUGGAUAAACUCCUAGCGAAUAUGUUAAUAAUUGCAUUUAAAAAUAGUUGGAAGCCAGAAAAGAUUUUUAUAACAGCUAAGAUAAUUCAUUAUAAUAAUCUUUUGAAAGACCAAACUCAAAAGAAAAAUAGGAUUACAUAAAGAAUGGUAGAUUCAAAGUACCAUCUGUUAACUUAUUUGCUCAAAAUUUCGAAGGUAACCUGCCGAAGAAUGUUGAUUUAGUGAAUAAAUCUUCAAAUGAUUUGUAUGCUUAAGAAUAAAAUAAUUAUGAUCUUCAUCUGAAGAGCAUGUAGAUAUCUCAAUAAUUAAAUCAAUUAAUAUAGAGAGGAGUAUUAGCAGAAAAAAAGAGGGAAGAAAAAACAUAGCUUUUUGAAAAUGUCAUACAAAACAGUAAACUUGAGUAUUAACAAAUGUUGAGUUUGCUGGAGGAAGUUGAAGAUAGAAAUUAAAAUAAAGCUUCACUAAAUUAAACCAAUUUUAAUGAGAGAGAGUAUUCUAUUAUAAAAGGUUUACAGGAAGCAGAUAAAAUUCAUGAGUAAUUAAAUACAAGCAAAAAUUAACUUUCAGAGCUUGACUAUUAACCUGUGAAGGUGCAGCAAAGUAAAGAAAGUAUGAAAGAUAUUUAAUCUGUUAAAUCUUAAACAAAGUUAAAAUCUACUGAUUCAAAAUCAAAAUUAAAAUCUAAAAAAGAGAAAGGUUCCCCAAAAACAAAACAAAAAAAAGCUAAGUAAGGUACACUAUCUAUCAUUAAGGAAACAGAGAGCUCAUAGUAAUCUCAAUCAAAUAUAAAAUCAUUGAAUAAAAUAAAAGUUAGCUAAUAACAAUAAUCAUAAUCUUCUAAAAUUUUAAAAGAUAUCAAUCCAACUUCAACAACCAAUAAUAGCUAAAAAACUAAAAAAAAUACUAUUAAUAAUGAAAAUACCAAACCACAAUCUGUAGCUAAACUUGAUAAUUAAAAUAAUCAAAGUGUAAAUUUAAACUAAGCAACCACUCAUAAUUCUGAACCAUUCAAACAAAGUAUUCCAGAAAAGCCUUAACAACAAAUCUUACAAGAAUCAGAGUUGAUAUUUAGAGGAUUUACAGCAGUAAUGAAAAGCGAAUAAGCAAGUCAUAAUAACUAAGCUAUGGAUUUUAUUAAAUAGUAAAUAAUUUAAAAUUAAUCUUUUAGAGAUGCUGCAUUAACCUUUGUGAAGCAAUACAUUUCAAGCAAAUGA